AUGGAUUCCUCAGACUCUCAGAGGAAAAAAGUAGCUGUCAUUGGUGGUGGUCUGGUUGGAUCGUUAAAUGCAUGCUUCCUUGCAAAGAGGAAUUUCCAAGUUGAUGUGUACGAAGCUAGGGAAGAUAUCCGAGUGGCUCAACUGGCACGUGGAAGAAGCAUUAACUUGGCCCUUUCUCACAGAGGACGACAAGCCUUGAAAGCCAUUGGCCUGGAAGACCAGAUUGUAUCUCAAGGAAUUCCCAUGAGAGCAAGAAUGAUUCACUCUUUUUCAGGAAAAAAGUCUGCAAUUCCCUAUGGGACAAAGUCACAGUAUAUUCUUUCUAUAAGCAGAACAAAUCUAAACAAGGAUCUGUUAACUGCGGUGGAGAAAUACCCCAACACCAAGGUGUACUUUGGCCACCGGCUGUUAACAUGCAACCUGGAGGAAGGAACCAUCACCGUCCUUGGAUCUGACCAAGUUCCCAAAGAUGUCACCUAUGACCUCAUUGUAGGCUGUGAUGGAGCCUAUUCAACGGUCAGAGGUCACCUCAUGAAGAAACCCCGCUUCGAUUACAGUCAGCAGUACAUUCCUCAUGGGUACAUGGAACUGACCAUCCCACCUAGGAAUGGGGAUUUUGCCAUGGAACCGAAUUAUCUGCACAUCUGGCCUCGAAACACCUUCAUGAUGAUUGCCCUUCCUAACAAGAACAAAACUUUCACCUGCACUCUGUUCAUGCCCUUCGAAGAGUUCGAGAAACUUCCCACCAGCAGAGACGUGCUGGAUUUCUUCCACAAGUACUUCCCGGACGCCGUCCCUCUGAUGGGAGAGCAAGCCCUGACACGGGACUUCUUCCUGCUGCCCGCCCAGCCCAUGAUCUCGGUGAAGUGCUCCCCUUUUCACUUUAAGUCACGCUGUGUGCUGAUGGGAGACGCAGCUCACGCCAUUGUGCCCUUUUUUGGGCAAGGAAUGAACGCAGGGUUUGAAGACUGCCUGGUAUUUGAUGAGUUAAUGGAGAAGUUCAAUAAUGACCUCAGUAUGUGUCUUCCUGAAUUCUCAAGAUUUAGAAUUCCAGAUGACCAUGCGGUUUCAGACCUGUCCAUGUACAAUUACGUGGAGAUGCGAGCACAUGUCAACUCAAGAUGGUUCAUCUUCCAUAAGAACGUGGAGCGAUUUCUUCAUGCGAUCAUGCCAUCAACCUUCAUCCCCCUCUACACCAUGGUCACAUUUUCCAGAAUAAGGUACCAUGAGGCGAUGCUGCGCUGGCGUUGGCAAAAAAAGGUGAUAAACAAAGGGUUCUUUCUCUUCGGAACACUGAUAGCCAUCGGCAGUACCUACUUCCUUAUACGCUCCAUGGCCCCGAGGCCCCUGGACUACUUGAGAAGACCAUGGGACUGGGUCACUAACCUCCAGAACACAGGACACGUUUCCCUGAAAACUCCCUGGAGCUACUAGAACAAAUCUCCACUGUCAUCAGCAGGUGACAGAAAGGUCCUGAAGUAGCAAAUACACUUGAUUUCUCUGUAACCAAAUCUCAGGAUCAAAGCCAUGGCACCCAUCAUCAUAUUUAAGUCCCUCAUGGAAGAUGUUUGUCGGCUUAGAAUUAAAUCCAAUGUGGAAUUUC